AUGGCGUUCCGCUCCCUCCUCUCGGCGCUGUGCCUGGCGCUGGUGCUGGCCGUCGCGCAGGCCGCGCGCACCGCUGUGGUGCUCGAGUCCCCGGAGCUGCAGAAGACGCACUCCAAGUUCUUCAAGCUGCUGGAAGCCCGUGGCCAUGAGCUGAGCUUCUUCGCGGGCGAGGAGAAGCAGCCGCUAGAGCUGGAGCGCUUCGGGGAGCGCACGUACGAGAACCUGGUGCUGUUCACGCCCCAGAAGGCGCUGGGCUCGCUGCGCAAGUCGGACUUGCUGCACUUCGUGGAGGAGGGCGGCAACGUGCUGCUCUCGGCCAGCAAGAAGCUCACUAAGGUGCAGCGCGAGUUCGCGCUCGAGUGCGGCGUCGAGUUCGAGAAGAAGGGCAACGUGGUGCUGGACCACGUCAACCCCAUCGCGGACGACGACGACAUCUACAACUCGGUGAUCGCGGCCAAGGACUUCGUGGCCUCGGAGCGCGUCGUGGGUGCGCUGGCCUCCAAGCCCAAGCCCGUCGCCUUCUCGGGCGUCGGCAUGUCGCUUGAGCCCAACAACAUCCUGGCCUUCCACGCGCUCAUGGCCCCGGCCACGGCGUACUCCGCCAACCCCGUCAAGCCCAUCACGGACAAGGUGGUGGCCAGCGACCUGCUCUUCGGCAACCAGAUCGGCCUCGUGACGGCCGUGCAGGGCCGCAACAACGCCCGCCUCAUCUUCGCCGGCUCGCUCGACCUUUUCAGCGACAAGUACAUGGACGACAAGCAGUUCGCCAACGCCGAGUUCGCCGACGCCGUGACCAAGUGGGGCUUCCAGGAGAGCGGCGUGCUGCGCAUGACCAACGUCAAGCACCACCGCGAGGACGGCUCCCAGCCGGCCAAGAUGCUGAGCGACGCCAACCGCGGCGACCAGCCGAUCACGCUGUACCCGGACGCCGAGGUGGCUCGUGACUCCCUCGUGUACCGCGUGAAGGACAACCUCACGUACUCGCUGGACCUGCACGAGCUCAAGGACGGCAAGUGGGUGCCCUACAAGGCGGACGACGUGCAGCUGGAGUUCGUCAUGCUGGACCCUCAUGUGCGCACAACGCUCACGCACGACAACAAGGGCCACUUUUCGGUGACGUUCCAGGCUCCCGACGUGUACGGGAUCUUCCUCUUCCGUGUCAUGUACCGCCGCCUCGGACUGUCGACGAUCUACACGACCACGCAGGUCUCGCUUCGCCCGUUCAAGCACGACGAGUACGAGCGCUUCAUCCCGGCUGCGUACCCGUACUACGCCUCGGCGUUCUCCAUGAUGGCUGGUGUGUUCCUCUUCAGUGUGUACUUCCUCUUCUUCGACGGCAAGAAGUAGGAAUGUGGAUGCAUACGCGCGAGCCUUAGCCAAGCAAAAACUCGCUGACUAAUGCGAUUUCAGGAGCUAAGAUCAAUGCAUGCCGUUCACAAAC